GAUACUUCAAAAACGAACCAGUGGGCCAAACCAGGUGGCCCAAUAUUUCUGAAGAUCGGUGGCGAGUCGCCGGCACGCCCUUCGUGGGUUCUCAACGAAAACCUGACCUACUUGACGUGGGCGAAAAAGUUCGGAGCAACAGUGUAUCUUCUAGAACACAGAUAUUAUGGCGAGAGCGUUCUGUUCGAAGCGGCUAGUGCGCUCGACAUUGAGACGUACACUACCUACCUAUCGUCUCUUCAAAUGCUUUAUGAUAUAGCCCACUUUAUACAAGCCAUCAACGCCGAAAUGGGAUCAGAUGAGCCUGCCAAAUGGAUAAUCUUCGGUGGAUCGUAU